AUGCUGCAAGUAAAUGGAGGGAAAGACAAAAUGCAAUUUAUCGUGUCUCCAAAGAAGGGCUACGAGGAGCCAGAAUAUACAGUAAAAUGGACGAUCGACCGAGGAUUGAAUGGAAAUGUCGAAAUUGAGCGACCAAAUGAUCUCUCAGAGUGGUUACCAUUCAAUGAAAGUCGAGAGUGGUGUAGAGUAGAUUUGAUUUGA